AUGGGCACGAUGAUGUCUCCUCGUCUCGCGGACUGUGUCCUUUUCUUGUUUGCUCUCAUCUUUCUUCACCAUGUAACUGUCUAUAAAGUCUGCGAGGCGAAAUCCUUGCAGAUCAUCCGUCCUCACCACAAUCUUACAGGACUAGAGGUCCAGAACUCCGCAGCCGACUGGGGAAAUGAAGGAAAAGAGAUCAGUUUUGCCCAGACCUACCGUGAGAAGGACAUCUGGUUCGGGUUGCUGUAUUACGAGUACGUCAUCAAUGCGUCGACGACAAUGACUCUCGCCUUCAAGUCGAUGGCCAAGUACGUCUAUACCGCGCCGUUUCUGACCAGGUUGUUCGCCAGCAACCGCUGGCUGAAGUACGCGACGCUUGACUUUCCACAAAAGCAGCAACUCGUCCGUAAAAUUGCCCGUCGCGCCACAUCGAAGUCCCUUUUCUCCAAAACUCCACCAACGGACAAGGUGGCCGAGCUUUUCGCCGACAUGUACCUCAGAAGAGUGACAUCGCGUCUGUCGCGCACCCGCGGUUUCCGCAGUCCCCAGUAUCUCAACAUGAAAGCAAAUCUUACGAAACUCAUAAAAGACUCUAAUGCCUCGACCGAUGCCAUGGACGUUGUCCUCGGCAACAACACUGAGAACAUGUUCACGUGGAUCGAUUCAGUCAGGCAGAAUCCCUUUACGACCGUGAAAAACGUGGUUGUUCACGCGUUCGACAACGGUCUGAGAGGCUUUUCUGGGAUGGCGGAAUGGGAGGUGAACCAAGGGUGCUUUGCUUUAUCCCAGCAGACGCGCCACAUUUUGCCCUUCUCCAGCCUCUUCCCCGGCGGAAUUCUUGGGAAAAUUGGGCAAAAACUAAUGCGGUCCUACAUCAUGUUCUUCCAUCCAGUUCUAGCUAACUUUAAGGGCCUCCUUGCUCUCUUCCUCGGCGUCCUCUGCAAGGUCCGUCUCCCGACUCUCAUAAACGCGAUCUUUGGAGCUAUCUUCCGAGCAAAGCGUCGCGUCGGCCGUUAUGUCCACAAAUACUUCUUCAAAACCAUCGGCUUGCGCAAAGACAUCACGGGGAAAAUGCUCGUUGACGACCUCGUGAGAGGGUCCGGAGCCGUCAUGGUCACUUUACUCUUCCAGCUACACGGUGUCGAUAUCGACGCCAUAAGUCGGCGCGGCGAAAAAGUCGAAUCAGGUGUCCUCGCUGGCCAGGGUGUCUGGGCCAUGUCCGAUGGGCUGUUUGUUGGCUUAAAGGACUUCGCUCAUCUGUUCCGGGCGUACUUUGACAGAUACGUCAACCUCACCUCUGGAAUCUACACCUACUGCUCAAAGCAAACGACGACUUUCUUCUCCGAGUCAGAACUUGAUGAAUUUUACUGCGACAGGAACAAGAGUUACCUCACUGUCAUAGAGCAAGACUUCUUCGGAUUGGCCUCGAACUUCCUCAACCACAUGGUCAAAUGCCUCAAGAUGGAUUUGAAGUACUUUGAGGGCUACUUGGCGAACAUCAUGUCCAUUUUCUAUGAGAUGACGUUUGCUACUCUCGAAAGCGACAUCGUGAGCGCCAUUAACGCGACCCAUGGCCGAGCCCCGCACCAACUGGAGCUGGAGGCCAUUCUGAGGCGGCGGCACCAAGCGAGUAAUCCACCAAGAGAGGCGGAGAUGCCCCGCACGAUGUUCCGCAAACCGUGGAUGAGGCUUGCCAUCAGGAAACUUGCGCACGGGUACUUUUCCUCCGCCGCCGGCUUGGCUAUGAGGUCGCUUCUGAACCAAGCUGGACGAGAAAGGACACCAAAGUUUCAAAAGCUUCUGGAUAAAGCUUUCCAGCGCGUCGAGGAAGGGUCCAAGCUCAUUCGAUCUUCCAUGGCGGUGAUCCUGGGACGUUUCUUCAACAGUCAAGCGCUGAUUGCUAGAGCGCAAGAACAGACCGUGCGCAUGAAGAUGUUUGAAUUUAUUAACAAAUGCCAGAACCCAGAAGAUCCCAACCACCGCGACGUGUGUGGGAACAAUGUCACAACCAACAUCGAUGAAGUCAAAUUCAUAUCCAAGUCUCUCCUCUCGCUUAACAUCGGUAUUAUGGCGAGUCCUCGAGAUUUGAUCCUAACGCAAAUUAUGGAAACGGACCCCACCAAGGGAGCAGUUGACCCGACACAGUUCUUCGCGGAAUGGGAGGCCUGGCUGCAAGGCAAAGGCUAUACACCCGCAAACAAAGGCAAGGAGUUUCUGCUGUACGCUCAAGAAAUCAAUCAGAAAGAAAAGAUACUCCCCUUCGUGGAAGCUGUGAGCCAGACGCUGCGCGACAGGCUACGCUUCGGGCGCUUCGACCAGGAAGGCAUGGACGCUCUCCGCCUGUCUGACGUUAACGGACGUUCGGCAAUUUUCCGACAUCGCCUCAAGGAGAUCCGUCCAGAUCCGCUCGAUGCACCUGCGACUUUUGAAGUGAUCAACGUGAAUGAGGGAGUCUUGCGAUUCACCUCGAAACCUGGAAUCCCUUUCGAGGGGAGUCUGGAAUAUGCUGACGAUCGAAAGGAGCUUCGCAACAUCCAGCGGGAUCCACUGGCUAUAAAGGAGCUUAUGGUCUCUCAGCUGAUGCAGAUCAAGCCUCGACUGAGCGCUGAAAUGACUGCAACUUUGAUGAUGGUCUUGCACCGAUACAGCCCUUCCUUCCAUAAGCACAGCUUCGCCACAUUCCUGCAGAACUUGUCACCCAAAAUGUUCUUCGACGGUCUCUUGGCCUUCGCGGACCAGCACCAGCAGCAGGGCGAAGCUACCGUCCAGCUGGACCGUCGACUGUACUCUUUCUCCAUGAGUUUUCAAACAUUCAAGGACAUCAUUUUCAACUCGCUGAACACGAUGGUGCUUCGCAUGCAUUCACUUGACACUGCUGACUCCCUGUCGGUGUUUCUCGUCGGUCUGGUGCACUACGCCUUCCAGAAAAUCCAAAAGAACAGGACGGGAAGAACCCUCGUUAUGCAGCAUUUCCAGCGGAGUCUGGUGCAUGUCAUGCAGUCGGUGGACGCCGACCGGUUCCUGACCGAUUUCCCCGAGUGUCGGUUCCUGGUUGAAUCAAAUGCAGCGGUCGACGAGAUUGUUGCCAUAAAGUGCACGGUAUACCGAUUCGUUAAACUCCGCUCUCUCGAACUGCCACGGGCCAUGCAACCUGACGUGGAAGAAUCGAAAAUGACGGAGACGCGGGCGCGCGCGUACGUGAGCGGCUUUCUUGAAUACCUGGACGCCUUGCGGUCCGAGAGGACGAGUUGGUCAUCCUUUUUGAAUUACAAGGGCUUCGUGGAGACUGCGGAGCUGUACAAAGAGACAGUAGGCUCCUACAGCUUCGAAGAGCUGGAACGUCAGAUCAAGGCGGAACCGAUCACUGACCUCAGUGCGUUAGAACAGAUGCGAGCGAUGAUGGAUCCCUCGCUUGGGCACAUCAUUCCUCCGAAAAAGGACGAAGGCACAACCCAGGUCUUCCGGAGGAUUUGGGACAACAUGGGAGAGCUCUCGAGUGGUGUUCGCCACAAAGUGCGCAAGGCGCUGAAGCAGCUGAAGAGCCGGAUGAUCAGCAUUUUUGGCAGCACGAGCAUCCCUAAGGCGAUCAGGCCAUUUAACGUGAUGAACAGCAGCCAAUUCUUCGGCGCAUUGGAGCACGCAGAAUUCCGAGCCUUUCCCGAUACAAAGGCCCCACCAGAAGAUAUCCUGAGGGCCUCUGACUUGACCAUCUUUGGAAGGGUGCUUCUCACUCUCGAGGCAACGCCACUUUAUCUUGACAACCCGAAGCAGAUGGCUGACGUCGUCAUGCAAAUGCGCGCGAUCCCGUUUUAUUCUCUGGAAUGCCAAGAACUGUUUCGCGAGAUCAAAGAAACCGUGGGGCAGAUGUCUCAUGAAGACCUGAAAGUCGCGGUGGGCUGGAUGCUGACCUUCAACAUCGGCAAGGGUCUGACGGGCAGCACCGUGGCGCUCGGGCUCCUGGCCCUAGCAGGCGUCCGCUUCACAAACAGUCAAAUCACUCACCAGGAUAAAAUCGGGAUUCUCACGGCGCUCGAUGCUGACACCCUUCGCUUCAUCAAAAAGAUACUUCUCAUGCCCAUGGUGUUCAGACACAUGGCGUCACUCACUGACGGAGAAGCGAUGAGCCUCCUCCGCUUUGUUCCUAAGGCCACCUUGCUGGUCGCGUACCCGGCAGCUACCCGGUAUUUGCCAUUGUCGGAGCCAGUUAUCGUGGUGGACGCAAUCGACAAACUCGUUGAUUCAAAGGCCAUAGACGUGGUGCAAGCACAGUUGGGCCAGGUCGCCCUGCUCCCAGGAGAGUCAAAUCAUGAAGCAGUUUGCCGAGUCAUGAUCACUAGAAUCGGACAGGAGUUGGAGGUGUCCGCCGAAGACGCCAUGAAAUUCUGGACGCGCUCACAAAUGUUCUUUGACAAGCGUCUUCCAGCGGCCUGCAUCCUGCUGAUUCAUCUGCGAGCCAUGCGCGAGCAAAACAUUCAGCAGACGACUGUGACUGCCCUUAUUGACACACUGUACUACAAUGGCACGCCAGUGAACGACUACCUUGCUUUCAUCUCAAAGAAAGGAGCGAAUGAGCUUGAACGCCAUAGGCAAAUUGACCGAAUCGGGUCUCUUUUAACAAUUGUGUAUGUGGCUGUCGUGAGCGGCUCCCUUCAAGUGGAUGCGAGCUUUGUGGGCUACAGCGACGAGACAAAGAUUUUAACUUUCCAUUCACGAAGAAGCUUUCGUGGAGCUGAGGUCUCGCUUCUUAACGCCUGCGUACAGGCUACCGCACAUAUCAUGGGCUCUCCGAAAGAAAAACCCGAAAUUUUCCAAGUUUCCCUGAGCAGCUACCUUGUAGGUGAGUGGUUCCGUUUCGUGGAGCCGAAACGCCUCGAAGCGUAUGCGGAGGCAUACCGCGCUGCAGGUGGCUUCCAGAACAUCAGUCGAGAGACCCUGAAAAAUAUCAGCACGGUCUACGUCUACUACGAUAUUGGAGACUACUUCUUUUCGAUGCGACAGCGAUCCCCCUAUCCUGUGAAAGAGAUAGUGAAGCAAGCGAGCUUGAACAUGAUUACGGACGAUGCGACGCUUGACGACUUCGGAGCGGCAAUGGUCGCAGUUGAUAUGAGCGAACGGAUUAAACAGGCAAAGAUCAAAUGCUACGAAGACGCCCUCAAAGACUACGCGGAAUACGUUGGCAAGAGCCGCAUCGCCCAGGAAAUGAUGAAGCUUGACUGCGUGCAUAAUUAUCUCAUUGACCUCGGUUCUCUCGGCUACUCUGCCUCUUCUAUCACUUCCCAACAAAAGGAUCAAAUCAUUGCAGUUCUAGAUAAAGCUUUUGCGGCGAAAUGCGAAGAAAUGUACACGGCUCUUAUUGGAUCAAACCCCGACAUCCAGAAGCUGAAGCAGCAGGCGUGGGCCUUUGCCACGCUGCCCCACAUCUCUUUGAAUAACGCCUCGCGUUUGGCAACAGUCGGCAAUAUGUUACAUACGCUCAUUACGGAAAUCACCGCAGGGACUCCUUGGGCCGAUGUUGCAGACGGAAUCGCGAAGGAGAGGACCAACGUGCUGUGGGAGCGCGUGGGCGACGUAUCCCAGAGAACUCAGAUAUAUACAGCGGUUGAUCGCCCUUAUCUGUUCAAUCCGUUUGCCGUCACUCUGGACUUCCUGAUCUACGUGAAAACGAACAGAGCUCAAAGUUUUCGGUUACCGAAGAUACUCCUAAUGAAAAGAGCCGCUGUUCUGAAGGAACUUCCUUUCAGGAAGAAGACGACCCCACCGGGUAUGGCGGACUAUAAGCACAGAGCAGCGGCAUUCAAGGAUGCCUUCUUUGCGCCCUAA